AACUUAAGAGGUGCCACCACUGGUGUCUCAACCGAAAACAAAACAAGGGGCGCCGGUUUCUUAACAAAUAAACAAAUUCUUUGGUAAACUGUGCAUUUAAGGUAGGCAAGGCAAAAGAGUUAGCGCAACAGGACAAUGGCCAGCGGAUCAAGAACAACGAUAUUGCCGCAAUCGAAAGAGGCGCUCUUAAAGUCUUACAAUGCGCGUCUAAAGGACGACGUUCGCAGCAUGUUGGAAAACUUUGAUGAGAUUCUUAAGUUGGCACGCCGGGAAAGUCACAGUCAAAUUUCGAAGACUACGCAAUGCGAACAGGAUGCUUUAGAAAUGCAGGUCCGUGCGGCUAAUAUGGUUCGCGCCGGUGAAUCAUUGAUGAAACUAGUGGCAGACCUUAAGCAGUACUUGAUCCUCAACGAUUUUCACUCGGUUAACGAAGCCAUCACGAACAAUUCCCAACUGUUUAGAAACACGCAAAGCGAGUGCGAUAAAAAGCUUAUGAAAUUAAGGGACGAAAUGGCAAUGGAUCUAUACGACCUGGAGGAGGAAUACUACACAAGCAUAUUUAAGUAGCCCUGAGCUUAAGGUUAGCAAUAUGUUUGUAAUGCAUUUGGUCCAACUAUAAAAUUUUGUUGAUCAAAAAUUAAAACUAUUAGAAGAUAAGACAAAAAA